CUCGCUCUCUCUCGCUCUCUCCGCUCUCGAUCCUCUCUAUUACGAGCUGCUCUCUCCUUCUCUCUACGCUCCCUCCCUCCUCCCUCCCUCUCCCUCUCCCUCCCUCGCUCUCUCUCUCUCUCUCUCUCUCUCUCUCUCUCUCUCUCUCCCUCUCCCUCUCCCUCUCCCUCUCCCUCGCUCCCUCUCUCUUACCCCUCUCCCUCCCUGCCUCUCUCCACACACAUUUGGUGAUCUUUCUGUAGUAAUAUUAAAAUACAAAAACAGAAUUAUCGCUCGUAUAAAGGUUCUACGUUGAUGGGGCAGCAGCGUGUCUACAGUAGUAGUGUUGAGUUUAGCUUCAGAAACCUAUCAGUCUUUUUGCUUCACUGCUACGUACACAUACAUCUUCUCAAUGUCUUCUUCAUCCAUCACCUGGGAUGUGUUGCCCAGCUUUUGCCUCCUGAAGAAGUACAAACUCUCAAGGCAAUAGCGACGAAGCUAAAUAUUAAGCAUUGGGAUGUUAAAAGCACUUCUUGUAGCGGGGGUGGAGGAUUUCAAGGUGCCUUUGCUCCGAAAGCUAGCAAUGUCACCUGCGAUUGCACAUUCAGUAACAAUUCUGUUUGCCAUGUCACCAAUAUCAAGCUCAAGGCCCUAAAUUUGACUGGAGAGCUGCCUUCUGAAUUUUCAAAACUUGCCUUUCUUCAGGAAUUAGAUUUGACUCAAAACUACAUAAAUGGAACCAUCCCAGUUGCGUUUGGUCAUCUUCCUCUCAAAAUUCUAGGCCUUACGGAUAACCGUCUGAGUGGUUUGAUUCCCCGGGAACUAGCAAAUAUUGAUACACUUGAAGAGCUGACCAUCGAGGAUAAUCAGAUGGGAGGAUCUCUUCCUCCAGAGCUUGGAAGAUUGAAGAGUUUGAGGAGGCUCCUUAUUUCAGCUAACAACUUCACUGGAAGGAUACCGGAGUCAUAUAGUGCCUUAAAAAAUCUAUCAGACUUUAGGAUAGAUGGGAGCAGAUUGUCUGGAAAGAUACCUGAUUUCAUCGGAAAUUGGACAAAGAUGACGAUAUUAGAUAUGCAAGGUACAUCUAUGGAGGGUCCCAUUCCUUCUAGUAUCUCCCUUCUGAAAAAUCUACAAGAAUUGAGGAUAUCUGAUUUGAAUGGACCUGUUUCAAGAUUCCCCAAUUUGGGAGGAAUGACAAAUAUGAAAUACUUGAUACUGAGGAAUUGCUUGAUUACAGAUCAAAUUCCAGACUAUCUUUCAGACAUGCAAAGUUUAAAUACCUUAGAUUUGAGUUUUAACAGGUUGUAUGGACAUAUCCCAGAUUCAAUGCAGUCUAUAGCCCACCUGAACUUUUUGUAUCUGAAUAGUAACUUACUUACUGGAACAAUACCAAGCUGGAUUUCUGACAGCAAAGAGAACUUUGACGUGUCUUACAAUAAUUUUACACAGCCACCAUCACAGUAUAGAUGCCAGGCAUCUAGCGUGAAUUUAGUUGCUAGCCAUUCAUUGUCGACAAGCAACUCAACUUUGUGGUGCUUGAAGAAAGACCUCCCUUGCCCCGGGACAACCAGAUAUCACUCACUGUUUAUCAAUUGUGGAGGACCUAAAGUAGAAUCAGGAGGCAGAGAGUAUGAGGAUGAUUCGGUUACAGAAGGUCCAUCAUACUUUAAUCCUAAAGAUCGAUGGGCUUAUAGCAGCUCAGGUGUUUUCAUAUAUAAUGAUAAAUCCAAUUAUGUGGCUACAAAUACCAAUGUGACCGGAGAAGUAUACUAUCAAACUGCCCGCCUUUCCCCUUCUUCACUCAAGUACUAUGGCCUUUGUUUGCGAAAGGGUAGUUAUAAAGUUCGCCUCCACUUUGCUGAAAUACAGUUCUCUGAUGACGCAACAUUUAGUGCCAUUGGGAGACGCAUUUUUGAUGUAUCUAUCCAAGGCAGUGUUGUUCGGAAAGACUUCAAUGUUGCAGAGGAAGCUGGAGGAAUUGGAAAGGGUAUCACCUUGGAGCAGGAUGUUAUUGUUAAUGGUAGCACUUUGGAAAUUCACUUGUACUGGGCAGGGAAGGGGACUACUGCAGUUCCUAAUAGAGGUGUAUAUGGGCCUCUAAUAUCAGCAAUUUCAGUAACACCAAACUUUAAUACGGGGGGACUAUCAACUCUGGCUAUUGCUGGUAUUGUUGUCGCAUCACUUGUGGGUCUUGGGUUGAUAUUGGCUGUACUCUGGAUUAAAGGUUUCCUAGGAAGAAAAGACGCUGAAGAUAAAGAACUGCGAGGAGCAAUAGAACAGCAGACGGGAUAUUAUAGUUUAAGACACAUCAAAGCUGCAACUGGUAACUUUGAUCAUGCAAAUAAGAUCGGUGAAGGAGGAUUUGGACCAGUUUACAAGGGUAUACUACCAGAUGGUAAAGAAAUUGCUGUUAAACAGCUGUCCUCCAAAUCGAAGCAGGGAAACCGUGAAUUUAUCAAUGAGAUAGGCAUGAUAUCUGCUUUACAGCACCCAAAUCUUGUGAAGCUUUAUGGCUGUUGCAUUGAAGGAAAUCAGUUGUUGCUGAUAUAUGAGUACUUGGAAAAUAACAGUCUUGCUCGAGCCCUGUUUGGUCGUGAUGAAGAACGCCUAAACCUGGAUUGGCCUACAAGAAAGAAGAUUUUAUUGGAGAUAGCAAGAGGCUUAACUUAUCUUCACGAGGAAUCAAGGUUGAAAAUAGUUCAUAGAGACAUAAAGGCUACCAAUGUACUGCUUGAUAAGGAUCUCAAUGCAAAGAUAUCAGACUUCGGUUUGGCCAAGCUUGAUGAAGAAGAAAACACUCAUAUUAGCACUCGAAUCGCUGGAACAAUAGGAUAUAUGGCUCCAGAAUAUGCAAUGCGAGGUUACUUGACUGAUAAAGCAGAUGUAUACAGCUUUGGAAUCGUUGCACUGGAGAUUGUUAGUGGUAAAAGCAACACAGGUUGCAUGCCAAAAGAGGAGUUUGUGUACCUUCUUGAUUGGGCCUACGUCCUUCAAGAGCAGGGAAAUCUUCUGGAAAUCGUCGACCCGGUUCUUGGCAAAAACUACUCCAAACAAGAAGCACUGAGCAUUUUAAACAUAGGUCUACUAUGCUCCAAUCCAUCUCCUACCCUGAGGCCAUCCAUGUCUGCAGUUGUGAGUAUGUUGCAAGGAAAACAGAAAGUCGAAGCACCAACUUUCACGCGCAACGCGAAAAAUGACAGCAUGAUGUUUAAGGCCUUUGAGAAGUAUUCACACGACAGCAACUCACUAUCUUCCAUGGAGGGCUGGGCUGAUUCCUCCAUCUCUUUACCAAGUAGAGAUACCAGCAAACUUCUUGCGGAUAUCUAUGAUGUUAAUAUAGAGUAGUAGUAUUUCUUAAAUGUUACUGCGUUCUGUAAUAUUCCGUAAAAAUAAGUCUGUUUCGGAAUUCGUUGAACUGAUUAAAUUUUCAAUAAAUUUUGAUUAAAUCUUGUUCUGUGUGA